AUGGAGUACAUAGAUCAUGAGGAUGGUCUAGAGACCAAUUUCUCUAAUAUGGACAAAAUUAACAUCACUUCUGCAAUAAAGGAUUUAUCCAUGAAUAGAGAUUGUAAUAUUUCUCCUUGUGCGCUUGGUCUAUCCAUACGGAUGGAUUUGGAAAAGAGGAGGAAUACACAGACUCCUUCAGAGAGACAAGCUAUGCUCUCUGGUUCAUUUACCGAUGUCAAAUGUAGUAGUAAUUUGCCAGAUAAGAUAAAUGAGGCAAUCAAUAUAAUAAAAAAAUUAGAAAGGAGUUCAGGAUCGCUGCUCUUCAGAGAGGCUCUAGCUACAAGAAUGCAACUGCGAACGAUGUCAUUAAAAAAUUUUUCAACACAGAAUUAUGGUGACGCUUUGAUACAAUCACACUAUUCUCUACUUCUAGCGAAAAAGUUUCAUAUGGAAAUUAAAAGGGUGCCAUUGAGCGGAGAAAUGGCUAUGGAACUCUUAAUAUUAAGUAAAUGUUAUGCUCAAUUUGGUAAGUAUGAUAGGGGAAAGGAACAUUUGGAUGAACUUCGCUUUCUUGUGGAAAAUACUCUGUUAUACUAUGAUGAUAGCAAAAAGGAUGAACAGGGAGAUCACCAUACUAUAAUUAAUUGUGAUAAAAAAAUAUUCCCUGAUAUACUCUAUACAUUCGCCGAAGUUUUAAGUUGUUAUGGUAUGUGGAAAGAUGCCGAAUUGUUCUUUUCUAAGUAUUUAGUAUUGAUUUCCAAAAUAUAUGGUCAAGAAGACAUGAAACUAAGCAAUGCGAUAAAUAAUGUAUGCAUAUACAUGUUGAGAAGCAAACAAUAUUUGAAGGCGCUUCCAUUGGCAAUUAAGGCUCUAGAAAUACAAAAAAAGAAUCUGGGUGAUUAUGAUGCAGAAGUGCCUAAUAUUAAGGUAGCAAAUGCAUAUUGUAAUGUUGGAAUUAUUUACCGGUUGUUAAAUAACCCAGUUGAUGCAUUACAUCAACUUUUUAUAGCUAUUGAUAUGAAAAUGAGAAUUUAUAAAGAUCGUAAACAUUCUUCUAUUCAGGAUAUAUUGUUAUCCAUAGGGUCUUGCCUACACAGCCUCAAUAAUUAUAGUGCUGCGGCUUCUAUAUAUCGUGAAGUUUAUACAAGACGAUGUGAAAAAUUGGGUAAACAACAUCAGUCAACUUUAUCGGUAAAACAACUUUUGGAAGAUUUAGAUUCUGAUAUAGUUGUAAAGGAAUUAAAGCAAAAAGAGGAAGAAAAGGUUGAAAUUAGAAAAUCCUAUGAAAAACAAAUUGAUACACCAAAUCCAAAUAUUGAAAUCGCUAGGAUACAGGCCUUAUAUUGCAAUAAAAAUAAUCAUUACAACGUACCAAUAAGAAGAGUAGAAUCUACAUCAAAUUAUAUAAUUCCAAAAGAAGAACUGGUAGAGCUAUCAAAAAAAAUAUUCAUACAAUAUAGCAAUAAAAGACUGCCUAUUAUUAAUAUACCUCGCCUUUAUCGUGGGAAGUUAUUUCUUAAUGAGGGUCAACCUCUUAUGGAGUGCAAUCAGGAUGCUGUGGAUUUGUUUACCGAAUGGGGACUCGUUCCUCCUGAAGUAACCGCUGGGGGUGAUGUAAUAUCAAAAGGUUCCUCACUCCCUGAAAAUGUGUUACUCUUCAUACCCCUCACUGAAAAUGACAAUGUAAUUUUAAAAGGCUUCUAUGAUAAACCAAUAUUUGUUCCCAAUCCAGCUAUAUAUCAUAGCACAUUUCUGGAUAAAUUAAAAGAAUCAUCGAAAAUAAACCUUUCAAAUACUGACGAUAAAGGUAUAAGCUCUGACAGGAAUAUGGAAAAGGAUCUCGGUACCAAUCAAGUUACAGAAUCUGAUGGUAUAAAAACAAAGGAGCCUCAUUUGAGGAGUUCAUUGUCAGUUAAAGAAAGAGUUCAAGAAAUGGAAAGAAAGAAUACAGUAAAACCGGAGAUUAAACCGAAAGGAACAAAAAUAGAACCUGAACCUGUUGAAAUCACGCUGUAUGAAAUGAUAAAAAAUAAAGACGAUUCAAAGGGCUCAAAUGCAAAGUUCUUGGCAAAAAUUGGUUCCUUAGCCAAUUUGAAGGUAAAACAAAAUAUAAUACCUGAAAUAAAACCAACAACUCUUCGAAAAUCUGCGGCUGCACAGAGAAUUUCAAGAGCUCUAUCAAAAAAAGGUAUUGUUAAAAUUGUUUCUUCGCAACCCAAAGUAAUGCGGUCACCGUUAUCUAGUAGUUCUGAUUUGAAUUCUGAUACAACCUUAUCAGAUAUCGAAGAAAACAAUUGUAAUAAUAAGUGUAUAAGAGAUUUUAUUAUACCAAUCCCUACUGUCAGUGCGACUCUUGUUGAUAAACCAAGGGAUUUACCGUUGAACUUGAAAUCACUUGAUGACAAAAUUCCGGAUGAUUUUGUUCAAAAGGUAAGGUUAUUAAAACUUGUAAAAAAAGAGGAUGGCAUUGAAAGCUGUUUGUUGAUGGAUGAUACUGGAUCACCGAUAGCCUACGUUCCGUGGCAAAUUGAUAUUAUAUCUUUGACAUUGGCUAAAUCAUGUAUUGAGAACGAUUUUUCCAGAAAAUAUGGAAUUAAAGAAGUCAAAAGUGUCUCAGAAGGUGAGUUAGAGGGAUGUCGCAAUUUAUUAAUGGGACAAGGACUUACAGAAUUAGGAUUCGGGAAGUUACUUGGUUCUGUAGACUCAAUUGGAAAUAGCUUGACAUCUGGAAUUUCUCUUAAUAUUCCAUCUUCUGUCUUGAAAAAUAUAAAGGAACAAAGUGAGAUACUAGAAAAGGAAAAACAGGCAAAAGAAGUAUCUGUUAAGAAGGCGCCCCCGAAAAUCGCUCCGAUUUCCAAAAAGAAGGCUCCUCCAGCCAUUAAAGGCAAAGGAAUGAAAGGACCACCUCCUCCUCCUAGUCCCUCACCUUUGUUGAAAGCUAAGCAAAAAACUAAAUCAACAGUAGCUGAUAAUUCGAAGACACGGAGAUUUUUUUGGGAUCCUAUUUAUGGUGAUGACGUAAAGGGAACAAUAUUUACAAAGCAAAAGAUAACUCCAAGUAUUAAAAAACAGGAAUUAGAAGAAUCCUUUGCUAAGAGCGUACCAAAAGAGAAGGAACAAGUUUCCACGAAACCAAAGAUGAUACAGCUAUUACCCGAUUCCAAAAGAUCUUACAACAUGAAUAUAGGGCUAUCAAAAUUUAGUAAAUAUACAUUUAAAGAAUUACGUGAAGCAAUAAUAGAUCUGGAUCCGGCCAUAUUGACAGUAGAUGCCACUGAAAGUCUAUUGCUGUUAAUACCCACACCCGAAGAAUGCAGUAUAGUUUCGGAGUUUGUUAAAUCAGGGGGUGAUUUGACUAUGGUCGAUCGCCCGGAGCAAUUUGUCGCUGUAUUACUUGGAAUACCCAUCUUAAAACAAAGACUCGAAGCUCAUCACAUCGCAUUGCUAUUUAAAGAUAAUUACAAUGAGAUAUCUGUACCGUUGGAAUCAAUAAUGGAGGGUUGUGAAGCAAUCAUGUCUAGUGACAAACUAAAUGUACUUUCGCAUUUUAUAUUAAACAUCGGUAACACCCUCAACGAAGGCGAUCCAAAAAAGGGCAACGCAGAAGGGUUCAAACCAACAACAUUUGCCAAGUUAAAUGACUUUAGAACCACAACAAAACCUCCAAAAACAUUGCUACAAUAUAUUUGUGACAUGGCUGCUGACGAGGACGAAAGUAUUUUAGAAAUUAUUGAUGAAUUAAAAAGUUGUGAAGAUUGUACCAAAAUCGAUAUAGCUGUAGUUGAAGAACAGAUGAAUAGAUUCAAGACAGACAUUACUAAAAUUAAGAAUGCAAUUUCUGUUUCAGAAAAGUCAAAAGAUUUCAAGGAUCAAUUUUCAUCCAUUAUGAACGAAUUCUUACGUGAUGCGGAGCCAAAAAUCCUAGUUAUUUCUGAACAGUAUAAGGAGGUUGUGAUGACCUUUAAAGAUACGGCAAAGUAUCUAGGUUACACAGAAAAAGAAAUAGAUAAAGUAAAACCAAAUGAAUUAUUCGGGCAUGUUUGGGGAUUUGUUCAAUCUGUUGACAAGUGUAAAAAGAUAAGGAUAGAAAAUAGAAUAAAAGAAGAAAUGAAGUUAGCUGCUAAAAAUAAAAAGGCUGAGGGUAAUAUAAAAAUUUCCAAAAAGAUCACACCCUCAAACUCCACAACAGCAAUUCCUAAAAUUAUGGAUAAUGGAAUGAAAAACAUUGUAAAAACACUCGGGUAA